AUGUCAUUUGGAGGUGGCAGUUCAGCCGCGAAAAAUGCAAGAACAUGCAAGAGAUCUAAAACUGUGAAGCGACAUGCCAGCAUCUACACCUAUCCUGAACCACCUCAUAGCAACUCGGAUGAAGAUAAUGGGGAUGAGAAAGUCGACAGCAAUGACCCGGAACAGAUCUUCCAGAACAUACAAUUUCAGAAGGAAAUUAUGGCCAACAUUUGUUGCAGGCCAUGGCCCAUGAGACAAAAACUCAGAGCAUUGAGACAAGCUAAAGAGAUUGUAUUGAAGUACGAAGGUCGGCUGACUCGGACAAGAGGCUAUCAAGCUGCAGGAGCAGAGCUAUGGAGAAAAUUUAUAAGGCUUGCAUAUAACUUCAUGGUCAUCUUUAUUCCUUGGGAAAUGAGAAUCAAGAAAAUUGAAAGUCACUUUGGCUCAGGGGUUGCCUCUUACUUUAUCUUUUUGCGCUGGCUGUUUGGCAUCAACAUUGUUCUCACCAUCAUGACAGGAGCCUUUGUGGUUUUGCCAGAAAUCUUGGCUGGAGAUGCCUUUGGAACUACUCCCAACAAGCAGAUCCCCAGUGAUCAGUUUCAUUCUGCACAAGAUCUGGAUACCAUCUGGUCUUUGGGGGGUUACCUUCAAUACUCCGUUUUGUUCUAUGGAUACUAUGGGCAGGCAAGGAAAAUUGGGAGCGCUGGUUACCGACUGCCCCUUGCCUACUUCCUUGUCGGAAUGGCAGUCUUUGCCUACAGUUUUAUCAUUCUCUUGAAGAAGAUGGCCAAAAAUUCAAGACUGAGCCUUGCAAGUGCUUCUGAUGAAAACUACACUUUUUGUUGGCGAUUGUUUUGUGCCUGGGAUUACUUAAUUGGCAACCCUGAAGCUGCAGAGAGCAAAUCUGCUGCUAUAGUGAACAGCAUCCGGGAAGCUAUAUUGGAAGAGCAAGAAAAGAAAAAGAGCACAAACCUGGCGGUGACAAUAACCUUAAGGGUCAUUGCAAACAUCUUGGUGCUUCUCUCUCUUGCUGGAAGUAUUUACAUCAUUUAUUUUGUAGUGGAUCGAUCCCAGAAAUUGGAAAGGAUGAAAAAAGAGCUCACCUUGUGGGAAAAGAAUGAAGUGAGUGUGGUUGUCUCUCUGAUCACCAUGCUUGCACCAUCUGCAUUUGAACUGAUAGCUGCAUUAGAGAUGUAUCACCCCCGGACUACUCUUCGCUUCCAGCUUGCCAGAGUUUUGGUCUUAUAUUUGGGAAAUCUCUACAGCUUGAUCAUUGCACUUCUGGAUAAAGUGGAUAGCAUGAGCGUUGUUGAGACUGAAAUUCAUAAAAAUAGAAGCAAGGCCAUGGAUACCACUACCUUCUUAGCAGCAAAAAUCCUUCUGGAGCACAACUUUUCAACCCCAACUCCAAAUAUGCAAACGAUUAAGAAUGGCACUUUCCUUCUAUCUGAGAAUCACACCCAAAGCUAUGCUCACCUGGUUGAACUCAACAAUACAGCACCUUAUGACUCCAACGGUGAAAGUCACCAAAGUCAAUGCUGGGAGACCUAUGUUGGUCAAGAGAUGUUGAAAUUGUCAAUUAUCGAUAUGCUGUUCACAGUAGCUAGCAUCCUCCUGAUUGAUUUUUUCCGUGGGCUUUUUGUCCGGUACUUAAGUGACUGCUGGUGCUGGGAUCUGGAAAGCAAGUUUCCAGAAUAUGGGGAAUUCAAAAUAGCAGAAAAUGUCCUGCAUUUGGUCUACAAUCAAGGGAUGAUCUGGAUGGGAGCCUUCUUUUCCCCUUGCCUGCCCGCAUUCAACGUCCUCAAGCUGAUUGGGCUGAUGUACCUGAGAAGUUGGGCAGUGUUGACCUGCAAUGUCCCUCAUCAGCAAGUCUUCCGAGCUUCAAGAUCUAACAACUUCUACUUAGCUAUGCUUCUAUUUAUGCUCUUUCUGUGUAUGCUCCCAACUAUCUUUGCCAUUGCCCGCUACAAGCCAUCUCUAACCUGUGGCCCAUUUAGCGGGCAAGAAAAAAUCUAUGACAUUGUGUCUGAAACUAUUCGAAAUGACUUUCCUCCCUGGUUCAACUCUGUGAUGGCUUACAUCAGUAGUCCUGUGGUGGUUCUUCCAGCUUUGUUAUUACUCUUCAUGCUAAUAUAUUACCUGCAGAGUAUUGCGAGGUCAUUAAAAUUCACCAACAACCAACUAAGGAUGCAGAUCCAAACAGAAAGAACUGAAGACAAGAAAAAAGUGGUCAAAAUGGCAGCAGGUGAGUGGAAACUUCCAAAGGAACUUGACAUUGUUGGACUGUAUGUUCAGUCAUCUUUUUCACAAAAUGCAACCAUAAUCAAAAGCAAAAGCACUAGAAUCCAAAACGUGGAAGGAAAUGGCAAGAGGCCUGAACAGGAGACUGACAUCAUCAGUCAGGAGUCUUCAGCUCGGUCCUCAACCCCUAGGAAAAAUGGCAGUGUAGUAAACUUUGAGUCUCCCAAAGCCAGCCAAAUACAGACAAUAUCUCAGUCAGUACCACCACCUGAAAUACUGAAAGCAGCGGGGCCAUCCCCAGCAAAAGAUAAUCCAGGUGCUCCAACACCUGUAGCACCGAUACCCGUCACUCCAACGCCUCCUAUUCCUGAGAUGGUGAAGCCUAGAACAGAACCUUCAGUCAACAGAUACCCGAACACGAUCCACGGGAGUGCUAGUGAACUCUGCAAAGCCAAAGUCUAUACUCCUGUAAAGGUGAAGAAGCCCAUGGAAGAUUCAGAACUCUUGUUCAGAAAGAACCUCCCACAAAUGAAGCUGGAGCCUCACGGCCCCCCUGGGCCUCCCACUUUUGUGGGCCGCAGAGCUCACACAGCCAAGUACUACAUUGUCAACGAGCACCAGCCCCGCAAAAAAAUCCUCCGUGCCACAACUCGGCUGCCAAGGAACGUCCGGCUAGACGAGGCAACUGACUUUGUGGAGUUGUAUCCACGUCACAUCAGAAGGUACGUGGUUCGAACGCCCCGCAGGGCCUACUCACCUCAUUACACUGAGGAGGAGGAGGAAGAGUACGGAAGAGGGGUCGCUAAGCAGACUCACCGCCCACGGUCCCUGUCGGACCUCCGAGCCCCUCCUCGCUUCUACGUUGGGGAGUGGACCGACAACCAAGUUCUGCCGAGCAGGUCUCUGGCGAAAAUGCACUACAAGUCUUGGGAAGAUGGCUUUGGGUUGACUUACGGCAGAGGACCCCAUCCUCACAGAAAGAUACACCUGAAGAAUAUUGAAUUUGACCAGCAUUAUUCAGAACACCCUGGCAAAGUCAAGCCCAAGCCAAAACCGGUUCCUUCUCCCACCGAGUCCGAUUCCAUUUCUCCUGAAUCGAGCAGCGAUCAGCCCACCAGUGGCAACGAUCAGUACAUCCAAGUCAUUCCCAGCAAGGAGAAAUAUCUGAAACCAGGAGCGAAAGGAACCCCACAAAAGACAACCUCCGGCAUGGAGUUGAACCUGGCCGAAAUGAAUGACCUGAUAUGCUCCAGUGUCUAAAGUGGGGAGAAAAGGCUGCAACCUUUGAGAACUGUAAACUUGAGGUACCCUCAGAGCUCUGUCAGG